CGAAUUUUUUUUCCUCUUUAUUUUUGCAAUGUUCAAGCAAUGGUGGAAGAAAACCUUGUCAGCAAGGUCACCCUCCGUGUCACAACACGAUCCUACCGCAUUAUUACUGGGGGUGAUCUUUGUUGAAGCCGCGGCGGUUAUUGUUCUGGAAGCAUUGAUCGUGCAGUAUCAUGUUUCGUAUAUUUCUUCCUGCAUUCUUUCGACGAUAGAACUCGGCGCCAGUGAAGCGGAUCUCAUUCUUCACGGAUUAAUGAUGGCCACUCAGAUAUAUCAGGUGCUAAUAUGUAUUGAUGCCGUGAAACACCGUAUUACUGCUCAGCUCUAUGCAUUGAUUCUUUUUGGGCUGCUGACGGUCAUCUCGGUGUGCUUGCAGACGCAACAACAUAUCAACCGCGAAGAUGGUCUGCAGGAAUGCCCCAGAGGUUCGAGUACGACAUUGCCUACAGAAUCUAUUUCCGAUCAUGUACAAAAAAUACGUCCCUUUGAGUAUGCUGUGAUUGGAGUCACACCACUAUGCUUCCUCGUCUUUGUCGUUUGCGCUAUCCGACUCCGAAAAUCGUUUGCUUGGGAAAAUUAUAACCGCACUGCCUCCGAUUUUCGGGCGCGCCAUGCAUUGCUCGCCUUGUCCACUUGCACAAGCUUGUUGAAGCUAGCCUUUUUCUAUGUUUUCGCCUAUGCGAUUCAGCUGGUGCCUUCCGGACUGUUGCACUACAGUAUUACGCCUUUGGAAAUCAUGCUUGUAUUGGGAUUGCCAGCUUUGGGGUUUCUAUUUGCUUGGCAUGCCGUUGGUCAAGAACGCGUGUUUCCAUUUUGUCUCGUCGCCGUUUUUUGCUUUGUUUGCAUCGGCUACUAUGUAUUUCGACUCGUCACCUUUGCUAUGCCGCCGCAGCCGACUUUUUCGACACAAGACCCAUACAAAUUUGUUCGCUAUUAUUUGGUCUUUACAAAUUUGGUCAUCAUCCUGUUGAUGUCUCUUAUUCUGUGUGUCGUCCUUGUAUGUAUUCGCAAUAUCAUGCGAGGAAUCACCGUUCUGUCAGCUCAACAUGGUCACCAAUCCAUUCUUCCACAACCCAACCAAAAUCCGUCAGAAAACCAUAAAAAUAUCCACGACGCCGAUACGGAACAGCAAGACCAGGUUUCUUUAUACCAUGAAGCAAAAGAGAACAAAUCGUUGGUUGAUUAUACCGAUUCCUUGUUACAACUUCCCAAAGACGAUAAUACGGUUGUCCAUGUUUAACAAAUCGGGACCAAAAUACGUUACUGGCCGG